CCACGGAUCUCGCUUCCAGGAAAUGGCUUCACUCUUUGUAGUUAUUAUUCGAAGCCUGUACGUAUUCGUAUGUUCAUUCGUGCUGUCGAAUUUUAUUAGUUAUAAAAUUACUUUUAGCCAAAAUGAGUACAAAAGAUAAUUAUGAUAUUUAUGUUGGUGGUAAAUCUGGAAUUUUCAAAGGUGUAAAAGUAGAUAAAAAACAAUGUAUAUCACAAAAUAUACAGAAUUUGAUUUCCAUAACUGAUAACGAUGAGGUUACGACGAUGUCUUGGGGUGAUGAUGAGGAAAGAGAAAUUCUAAUUGCGUGUGGUGUAAAAAACAUUAGGAGUAUAAAAGUUUAUGAUACCGAUUGUUCAACAUUUACAUGUUCCUUCUUUUGCAAUGUUGGAGCAGGAAAAAUUACUGGCAUAUCUCGAUAUAAUGAAGCAAUUUUGUCUGCUGUACAAUCAGGAGAAAUAAAACUCUGGCGAUUUGAAGAAGAAGAUGGAUUUUUAAUGAAUGCUGGUAAAAAUUUAGAUAAAAUGCGUCAUUCGAAAAUAAAUAAACGAAUAAUAGCUACUGGAGGUCAAGAACAUGCAUUAAAAUUAUUUGAUAUAGAAAAACAAACACAAAUAUUUAUAGAGAAAAAUGUACCUCCUGAUUGGUUACAGUUAAGGGUUCCUAUCUGGAUUUCUGAUAUAGAUUUUCUUCCUGGUACAGAAGAAAUUGUUACAACUAGUAAAUACGGAUAUGUGCGUUUAUAUGAUCCAAAAUCACAAAGAAGACCUGUUAUAAAUGUUGAAGUAAAAAACGAAGCAUUAACAACUUUAACUGUGGUGCCACAAAAAAGGCAGAUUAUAGUUGGUUCUGGCAAAGGUAUAAUGAAUCUCAUAGACUUAAGAAAACCAGCUAAAGUAUUAAAUACAUAUAAAGGAUCAGUUGGAGCUGUAACAGGAAUAGCUUGUAGUAGAAUUGAACCUUACAUUAUUAGUGUUGGUUUAGAUAGAUUUUUGCAAAUACAUCAUAUUAAUACAAAAGAAUUAUUAAAAAAGGUAUAUUUGACGUCAAAAAUAUCAUGUAUGUUGUUACGUUCAGGGUUUUCAUUUUCUAUGAAUAAAGAAGUUACUGAAGAAAAUACACAACAAUGUGAGAAUAAAACCACUAAGAAUUUUCAAGGAAAACAGCAAACUACGCAAAGCAAUUCAGAUUCUGAUUCAGAAUAUGAUAUGUUAUUUGACAAAAUGCCAGUAAUUAGUAACAAAGAAGAUAGAUUGAUAGAAAAAAAGCAAAGGAAAGCAAAUCCCUCAAGGUUAAAUAAUGAAAUUAUUUCCCGUAAACACGAACUAAGGAAAAACGAACUGUCAAAAAGACAGUAUAAGAAGAUAAAGAAGUCAAAUUCAUUAACAGAAUUAUAAGUAAGAUAAUAGUGAUCACGAAUUAUCAGCAUCUAAUAUUAAUUUAAUAUUAGUAUUGUUCACAAGAGAUAAUAAAAAUCUUUUUAUACUUUCA